AUGGCGCUAUCCCAAACGAGACCGAUCUCAAUCCCGACUUCGUCUUCGUCUGGCCGCUUGUCGCGAUCGCACUUCCGCAGCAGCUCCGUCGGCGGCUCUGACCUUGCCAUCAGCCUGCACCCUUCUGCCCUCUCUGCCCCCUCUUUUGCCCGACAAGACCCUUUCGCUGAUCUCGAACUCCAGCAGAGGCUAGAGUGCUUCUCAGCUCAAGAUGUCCUUUCACGCGGAAUCGAUUCUCGCUCGCGCCUGGUGGUCUUGCCGGAGCAUGUAAGCAUCGAGGCGGCUGGAGAACGCCUCGCCGAGGCCGACGAUGCCGAGACAUGGAUCCUUUUGAAGAGCACCGGCGGAACUGAUGACACAUCGGAUUGUGUUGGCAAGCUCCAAAGAACGGACUGUGCGGGGCUCCUCAGCCUCGAAGACCUCGCUGCGUUCUUCGCUGCCGUGUUUGGACCGCACCGUACCAAAGAUGUCCAUACCUCUUACAACAGUGCAUUACACGGUCUUGGCUCCCCGCCCGCUUCCCCAAGCACGGCUUCUUCUUGCUUCCGCUUGCCGCCAUCGGCGCAGCAACACCAUUUGGAUGAUCAGAUCGAGACCAUCCGUAGCUGCAUCUCGUCCCAAAGACCUGUCGCCGCCGGUCUGGUCUCGGACCUUUCGCGAAAGAACAAGCUUCGACAUGUGUCGCUCGAUUGCUCGCUUCAAGACAUUCUUCGCGAGCUGAGCAAGGACGACGUCAAUUGCUUGGUGGUUUCAGACCUUCGGAACGACCGAAAUGGUGCCGUGUGCGGCAUCUUGACAGCAGCCGAUGUCGUCGCCUUUCUCGCCGUCGAAGCAGAGAAGGGUGGAGCUUUGGCUUUCAUCUUUUCCAAUACGCUCGACACCCUAUCACCGUCCGCGCUGCAGCAGCCGGCCGCAAUCAUCUCUGGAGACAAGAGCACCGUCGAUGCGCUGGUGCGGAUGCAAGCCGAACAGCUCUCUGUGCUCGCGGUCACCGAUCCGCUGGGCGGUCUCGUCUCGCCCAUCUCUUGUCGCGAGAUCUCUCAGGAGAUUCUAAGGUCUUCGUCGCGCAAGAUCCUCACUACUCCGCUGACGUCGCUCGUCAAAGAUCUCCGAUCGCGCCAUCCGCAAGGCACUGACGGAAAGGAUGCACACCCAGCCGUUUCCGUCAGCAAUUCGUCCACCAUCGGCAGAGCUGCUGCACUGUUGCUCGCUAGUGAUGUUGGCGGCGUUUUCGUCCUGGACGAGCCGCGCGUCGUCGUGACUCCACCUCUCUCUUGCAUCUCGACCUCACCUGGCAAGGAGCUUCCGACGUUCUCUCUCGAUGCAGAUGCCAUGCCGCUCAGCCGGUCCGUCAGUUUCACGCCAGCUCCAGCGCAGAAGCAUCGACGAUCGUCGACGCAGUAUUGGACAGCGCCGCGCGGUGCUUUCGGUGUGGUUGCUAGUGAGACGUCACGCCCGUCUUUGGCCAACUUUGCACCAUGUGGCAGCGCCCUUGACGCGGCGGGCGAACCCAGGCCAAGCCCCAAGCAAGAUCAGCCCCUCUCCUCGUCAGUCAACUCUCUGCCGGUCAAGAGCACGGGUACCACCGUGCCCGCUUUCCUCCGCACGCCGUCGGGGCCACGCAGCCAUCGACCUCGAUCGCUGUCGCUCGCGCAGUUCACGACGGAUGAGUCGAUGAGGUACUUUGGCGCCCAGGCGGCGUUCCGAGGGCAAGGUUCGUGGACACCGAGCACCAUGUCGCCUGGCUCCAGUGUCUCGUCGUCGGACUCGCCCACGUCUCCAUUUGGCAACAGGCUCGUCUCUGGCUUUUUUGGCGAGGUGAUGCAGAACGGCAUGCCCCGGCGCGUCGUCACGAUGAAAUCUGUUCUGCGAUGUGUGCUGGCAGCCACGGCGACCUUCGGUGAUGUCAGCGAGGAGGCAGUCGAGGUUUGA